CCGUCUGUCCCUCCCGUCCAUCCCUCCCGUCCCUCCUCCGCCCUCCCCCGGCGCAGCCCCCGCCCGACCGGAAGCGAAAAUGGCGGCGGCCCCCGCUGGUGCGGCUUCGGCCGAGCUGGUGAUCGGCUGGUGCAUCUUCGGCCUCCUCCUGCUGCUCUGUAUUCUGUUAUCUUGUUCUGUGUGUUCUUCUGGAUCCCUUUUGUCUACUUCUACUAUGAAGAGAAGGACGAUGAUGAUACUAGCAAAUGCACCUGCUUUUGUUCCAUUGAAUGUUCCCAGUAACAAAAAUUCUACAGAGUGGGAAAAAGUAAAGUUCCUGUUUGAAGAACUUGGAAGUAGCCAUGGAUUAGCGGCACUGUCCUUCUCCAUCAGUUCUCUGACCUUGAUCGGGAUGUUGGCGGCUAUAACUUACACCGCCUAUGGUAUGUCUGCAUUACCUUUAAAUCUGAUAAAAGGCACUAGAAGUGCUGCAUAUGAACGGUUAGAAAACACUGAAGACAUUGAAGAAGUGGAGCAACACAUUCAAGCGAUCAAAUCCAAAAGCAAAGAUGGUCGACCUUUGCCUGCAAGGGAUAAACGCUCCUUAAAGCAAUUUGAAGAAAGGUUACGAACACUUAAGAAAAGAGAGAGGCACUUAGAAUUCAUUGAAAACAGCUGGUGGACAAAAUGUUGCCGCGCUCUGCGUCCCCUGAAGAUCAUUUGGGGAAUAUUUUUCAUCUUAGUUGCAUUGCUGUUUGUAAUUUCUCUCUUCCUGUCAAAUUUAGAUAAAGCUCUCCAUUCAGCUGGAAUUGAUUCUGGCUUCAUAAUUUUUGGAACUAACCUGAGUAAUCCACUGAAUAUGCUUUUGCCUGUACUACAAACAGUUUUUCCUCUUGAUUAUAUUCUUAUAACAAUUAUUAUUAUGUACUUCAUUUUUACUUCAAUGGCAGGAAUUCGAAAUAUUGGCAUAUGGUUCUUUUGGGUUAGAUUAUAUAAAAUCAGAAGGGGCAGAACCAGGCCUCAGGCACUCCUAUUUCUCUGCAUGAUACUUCUGCUGAUUGUACUGCACACGAGCUACAUGAUUUAUAGUCUUGCUCCUCAGUAUGUUAUGUAUGGAAGUCAAAAUUACUUAAUAGAGAGCAAUGUAACUUCUGAUGAUCACAAAAGCAAUUCAACCCUUUCUGUGCCAAAGAGAUGUGACGCAGAUGCCCCUGAAGAUCAGUGUACAGUUACCCGGACAUACCUCUUCCUUCACAAGUUCUGGUUCUUUAGUGCUGCGUACUAUUUUGGUAACUGGGCCUUUCUUGGGGUAUUCCUGAUUGGAUUAAUUGUAUCCUGUUGUAAAGGGAAGAAAUCAGUCAUCGAAGGAAUAGAUGAAGAUUCAGACCUAAGUGAUGAGGAGCCUUCUGCCUAUUCUGUUUGACAGCCUUCUGUUGUAAAGGGUUUAUGAAGCUGACUGGAUACCUGCUAUGCAUUUCUAUAGUUUUAAAGUAAUAUUAGGAUAAGUGAGCUUUCAUCAAAAAUGGGAGCAUGACUAUUAAAAAGAAAUAUAUUUUUUAUGUUUUCUGAAGUGACAUUAUUGUAUCAUAGAUUAACAUUUAAAAUUGUUGUAAUACUGUGAUGUAAAUAUAAAACUACCUGCUUUGUGAGGGAAUGUUUUUGGAAAAUGUUUUUCUUUAAUGUAUACUGGUGUUAAAUUGAUUAAAAUCUUCCAGAAUAUU